GAGAUAACCAGAACCAUGUCAUCAAAACAGAAAAAAUUUCUGAAUAAUAUCUGUAUAUUUUUUGCAUUCAUUCCAAUAGUAAAGCAAGAUCUAGUUUUGUUGCAAGUAUUGUAUCGUCAUGGAGAUAGAAGUCCUGUUGCAAUAUACCCCAAGGACCCCAAUACAGAGUCCUCAUGGCCCAUAGGUCUUGGACAGCUCACAAAUGAAGGAAAAGAACAGGAGUAUUACCUUGGACAGUUAUUAAGAAGCCUGUAUGGAGAUAACCUCAAAUUCUUGAACAAAACAUUCAAUGUUAAAGAUGUAUAUGUUCAAAGCACAGAUUAUGAUCGUACAUUGAUGAGUGCCUAUUGUAUGCUGGCUGGACUAUUUCCACCCACAAAAGAAGAUUCAUGGAAUAAAAAUAUAACAUGGCAGCCAAUACCUGUACAUACUGAACCAAAGAAUGAAGACCAUCUUAUUUAUUUAGAUAAUCCGUGUCCUGUGUUUACGUCUAAGAUGGACUACUUUAUGUCACACGAUCCAGAGGUCCUUAAAGUGAAAAAUGACACACAGGAUUUAGUGAAAUAUGUGGCUGAACAUUCUGGUUUACCAGCAACAUUUAAGGGAAUGAUGAAAAUAUUGGACACAAUAUUCUGUGAGCAAGCCCAUAAUAAAAGCCAACCAGACUGGCUAAAUGCAGAGACUUUAAAACGACUGAAUUAUAUACAGAAAACUUAUAAGGUGAAAUGGUGGUACCCUACUCAUGAAAUGGCUGUACUAAAAGGUGGCAAUUUAUUGAAGAAAAUAUAUAAAGAUAUGCAGACAAAACUGAACACACCAGCAAACCUUACACAGAAAAUUAUGGUUUAUUCUGCACAUGAUUCAACAGUUGCUGCCUUACUUAAAACCAUGAAGAUAUUUAAUGAUAGAACUCCAACAUAUUCCUCCUGUGUGAUGAUAGAACUACAUGAUAAUAAAACAGUCAGGAUCUUGUAUAGAAAUGAUACAUUAACAGAUGAUAUUGUCACAUUGACACUUCCAGGUUGCAGUGAAUUUUGUGAUAUAGAUACAUUUCAUACAAUAUUGAAUGAUUCUAUGCCUGCAGACUGGAGAAAAGCUUGUGGUUUAUUAGAUGCAAGUGAACAAAAUUUUAAAAAUAACGUGCUAGGAUAUUCAGUGAUGGCUUGCAUCAUUUUUUUGUUGACAUUAUUAGUUGUAACAAUGUGUUGUAUCUACCAACGACAGAAAAAACAAUACAGAUAUAUGGAGUUACCUACAGACAUGGCAGAGAGUUAAACAUAUCUGUUUAUUCAUUUAAAAGUGCAAUUAUUUCUUUAUUUUAAGUUAUGUAGAUUAAAAUAUAUAAUGUGUAAGGUUUGAUAUAUGGGACUGAAUAGUGUUUUGGAUUGAGAUACUUAUAUCAUAGAAACAUAUGUCUUCCUUCAUUGUGUGGAUAUUGAAAAUCUUACACUUGGAUGAGUGCAAGACUUAAAAUUUCAAAAUGUAAGGGAAGCAUUUCAACAAGUCUUUUUUUAAGGCAUAUCUUUGUUAAAAAUGAUUGUUAUCUUUCCCUGUAGUGUCAAAGGUUUCACUGUUCUGAAGUCUUUCCAAUGCUUAAUUCUAUUUCUCACCCAUUCAAUAUUCAAACAUGGCAUGUACACGGUCUCUCUAAAUAGGUUGGGUGCGUUACAAAUAUCUUGUACAUAGCAACCACACUAUUCAUUAUACUAACAGCAGAGUUACAACUAAAUCUGUUGUAAAGAAGGUCUUCCUUUUUAAAAUAUCUAAUCUGCUGAUGAGAUUCAUAAUUUAAAUAUUUUGAUGUAAACAAAGUAUGAGAUUAUUAGGAUCUCCUGAUCAAAAUUUGUUCUUGUGACCUCAUUAAUAUUGUAUAUUUGAUUGGAACAUUACUUCAUCUUCAUUGCAAUUCCAUUGUAAAUUAAGGAAAUAAGUAAUUUACAUUAUAACAUAUCAUGAAUCGUAUCAGAUGUAUUUCUCAACCGGAGAGCAGUUAGGCAUAAACUAUGGCGAUUAUACUAUGAAUUUCAAGGAUCUCUAGAAAAAACAUUUGAUCUCUUGUCAAAGGCUAUUUUCAGUACACCUUAUUGCUAUUUAGAUCAAUCCAGGAAAAACAGCUACUUAGACAACUUCCUGUUGAGGUCAAGCGGAACAAAACAAAGGUUAUCAGCAAUGAGCUGAUGGAGGAAAUAGUUUAAGAAGCAAUUUUUAAAAGACAAAAUAAAAAUAUUGAAAAUGCUUUGUUUGAUGUGUUUACUAUGGUUUAAACAUGUCACCAUGAAAAUUUUUAUGCACAAUACAUUGUUUGAAUAAGGCCCCAGAUAGCUUCAACUGGUUUGAAAAGUUUUGUAAUUUUAGAACUUAUCUGCAUAUAAAUAGCGAUAAGGUGUAUAAAUCAGUUGAGAAAUGGCUUGGCUCAUAACAUUCCUAGGAAACAGCUGCCAUUUCAAUACCCAAGAUAUCUCAAUAAUUAGAUAAACUCUGAAACCAGCAUUUCAAAAUAAAAUGGAUUGAAAUUUUAGUCAUGCUGUUUUGUAGGAAAUAGCUCAAUGACUAUAUUUCAUAUUAGAUUUAUAAUAAAAGUGCCAUUAUAUACAUUUCAAUUAAAAAUUCAUGCUUUUAUUCAUAGUGAUAUUUGAUAUGUAAAUAUGUUUUAUUUCAUUUUGUUUGAUAGAAAUGGUGUUUAUUUUCAGAUUUUUUAUUGUUAUUGUUUACAAAGUGAUAAAUUUUCCCAUAUAUUUUUCCUUUAUUAUUACAAUAGAUGCCUACUGAAAAUGUUCAAUAGCAUAUAUGUUACACAAAGUUAGGAAAAUAACAUGUUGACAUACUGUUAUUUCAUGCUUUGUACUAGACUCUAUUUUUAUCAUGUUAGGUCACAAGAUAAUAAUC